AUGAAGCUCGCCGUCUUCAGCGCCAAGGCCUACGACAAGAAAUACCUGUCCGCCGAGCACGAGGCCAAGAAGAAGACCCUCGCCGAACACUCCCCUUCCGACUUUGAGGUUGUCUACCACGACUUCUCCCUCUCCCCCGAGACCGUCUCUCUCGUUAAGAACAUUGACGCCGUCUGCGUCUUCGUCAACGACGUCCUCUCCGCCGACGUCCUCGAGGACCUCCACAAGACAGGAGUGAAGGCUGUCCUUCUCCGCUGCGCAGGCUUCAACAACGUCGACCUUAAGGCUGCCGAGAAGCUCGGAAUCUUCGUCGCCAACGUUCCCUCCUACUCCCCCGAGGCCGUCGCCGAGUUCGCCGUCUCCCUCCUGCAGACGCUCAACCGCCGCACCCACCGCGCCUAUAACCGCACCCGCGAGGGCAACUUCAACCUCGACGGCCUGCUCGGCAAGACGGUCCACGGCAAGACGGUCGGCAUCAUCGGCACCGGCCGCAUCGGCGUCUCCAUGGCCCGCAUCAUGAAGGGCUUCGGCUGCACCCUCUACGCCUUCGACCCCUACGAGUCCGACGCCUUCAAGGAGCUCGGCGAGUACCUGCCCCUCGAGGAGCUGCUGCCCAAGUGCGACUUCAUCAGCCUGCACUGCCCUCUCAUGGAGAAGACGAAGCACAUCAUCAACGAGAAGACGCUCAAGAUGAUGAAACCCGGCUCCAUGCUCGUCAACACCUCCCGCGGGGGCCUGAUUGACACUAAGGCCGUCACCCACGCCCUCAAGAGUAAGCAUCUCGGGGGCCUCGCGCUCGACGUGUAUGAGGGCGAGGGCGACCUCUUCUACAACGACCACUCGGGACAUAUCAUCGACGACGACGUGCUGACGCGCCUGAUGACGUUCCCUAAUGUCUUGAUCUGCGGCCACCAGGGCUUCUUCACCGAGGAGGCGCUGCAGGAGAUUUCCGAGUGCACGUUCCGAAACCUCGAGGACUUUUUGCGGGGACGCAAAUGCGACAAUUCGCUAGUCAAGGAAGAGUUUCUCCUGUCGCGCAGAGACUCCCUGCCGGUGCGCAUUAUCUAG